UACAUUGAUUGAAGGUUAACAUUCCAAUCUGUGUCAUGGAUUCUUUUAUUAAUGAGGAAGACAAGUCUGGUGAUGAAUCUCAUGGUAUAAAAGAAGUACAUUCUAAAAUAAAACCUUCGACUAAUCUUGGCAUGAUAAAUUUAAGUCAUUUUCGACAUCGAUUCGAAAGGCAACAACAUCUUUAUUCUGUGGUCCUAUUGUGUUAUAUUGUCCAUGCCUUACACAUGCUUAACAUAAUGUCACGUUGGACUCGUAAUCCUAUUAGUGAUGGAAGUCAUGAGAGAGAGCGUAGGCGUAUUGAUUUAAUGAGACAACUAGUAGAAACUGAAAAAUGCCGAGACAUAAUACGAAUGGGACCCAAGGCAUUCAUGUUGUUGUGUCAUAAAUUGAGAGGAACUGGUAUUGUGAAUGAUACAAUAUGAUCCACAGUUGAAGAGCAAGUUGCUAAAUUUCUACACAUCAUUGGUCAUAAUGUGAAAAAUCGAACUGUGUCAUUCUUUUUCCACCGUUCCGGUGAAACUGUCAGCCGUCACUUUCACAAUGUUUUACGAGCCAUCAUCUCAUUAGAAGAUGAAUAUCUUGUCCAACCUUCUGGGAGGGAUGUACCUCCGCAAAUACUACACAACAACAGAUAUUAUCUUUUUUUUAAGGAUUGCAUUGGAGCUAUAGAUGGGACACAUAUUCGAGUUAAGGUCCCAAGAGCAGAUGCCCCUCGAUUUCGUGGAAGAAAAGACUAUAUUACACAAAAUGUUUUGGCUACAUGUAAUUUCGACAUGAAAUUUACAUAUGUUUUAACGGGGUGGGAAGGCACGGCAUCUGACUCUAGAAUUUUGAAAGAUGCUUUAAGCAGGGAAGAUUCACUAAGAAUUCCCGAAGAAAAAUAUUAUCUUGGGGAUGCGGGAUUUAUGCUUAAAAAAGGAGUGAUCACACCGUAUAGAGGUGUUCGUUAUCACUUGAAGGAAUACUCUGCUCGUGGCCCACAAAAUAUGAAAGAGUUGUUCAACCACCGUCAUGCUUCACUUAGAAAUGUUAUCGAGAGAUGUUUUGGGGUAUUAAAAAAAAAAAAUUCAAUUUUAUCUGGUGGCGCAGAACCGUUUUACUCAUUUGAAGUGAUGUCUGACAUUGUACUUGCUUGUUGUAUACUGCAUAACUUCCUAAUGGGUUUUGAUAUUGAUGAGGCCUUAAUUGCCGAAGUAGACCGUGAGCUACCUCAACAUGAGAACGAAAGACCUCACCCACAUCAACGUGAUGAGGACUAUAGACAAGGAACUUUAAUAAGAGACAAUGUUGCUGUCGGAAUGUGGAAUGUCUAUGAAAUAUGAUAACAUCAUUAAUACAACACAUUCCUAGUAUAUUAUGAUUUUGUAUAAUAUGAAUGCAUUUGUAGCGCGUAUGUGUAGCUUAUGUUAUAUUUG